AUGGCCAGGCCAGCCUCCAAUUCCUCACCCCAGGCAGCAUCCCACCUGCGCGUGGUCGGCCUGCAGGCCCGCCACCCACUCCUCGAUGUCGAUGCCGUGCGCGCCGGCCGCCAAGAUGAUGCAUGCCAGGGCAAUGGUGUGCGGGGGGUGCAGCAGGUGGCAGCGGCUCAGGUACGAGUCGUUCAGCAACGCCCUGUGAGGAUCACGGGAUGGAGAAUGGAGUCGAUGGUUGGCGGGCGGCUUCUGGGUACCUUGAGGGUGGCGGGGUUCCGUCAAGAGCGGUUCUGUGUUUAA